GGUCAGAGGCUAGAGGUCAGAGUUUAUCAGACUGUCAUGGCGGCUGGAAGACUUCAUUUGGGACUCGGUACGUUUUGAAGACGGAAAAUAACACGAACAUCAAGGUCAGACGGCUGGAAGGAAGUUUUCUCACUUGUUAAGAAACUCUUCUUUAUCUGUUGAAGGAGGUAAUCUGAUCUGGUCAGCGGUACAGGCGUCGUCGGCGAACGGAGCGUAGACUGCGGAAACAACAUGGCGGUUCCGCCGCGAUGGCUCAACUGUCCGCGGAAAGGGCAACUUGUGGCAGGUAAUUUUCUCCCGUUUAAGACACCGCUUGGCCCGCGGUACGAUGACCAGGUCCCGGAGGAGAACCGGUUCCAGUGGCCGAUGCUGUUCGCUUACGUAAACGGCAUGGGGGCUAAGAUGGGUCUGGUUAUUGACCUGACCAACACCAACAGGUUUUACAACAAGGAACAGGAAGUGGAGAGGAAUGGAGUCAAACAUGUCAAACUGCAGUGUCGGGGUCAUGGAGAGACCCCUAACGAAGAACAGACGUCAGCAUUUGUGAACCUCUGUGCCAACUGGACAGCCAGGAACCCCACAGAUCUCAUAGGUGUUCACUGCACCCACGGGUUCAACCGGACAGGUUUCCUCAUCGUGGCUUACCUGGUGGAGAAACACUCUUGGAGUGUCGAGGCAGCUGUCCAGGCCUUCACUGUCGCUCGGCCCCCUGGGAUGUAUAAAGGUCACUACCUGGAGGAGCUGUUCCGUCGCUAUGGCGAUGCAGACGAUGCCCCGCCCGCCCCGCCGCUCCCUGAUUGGUGCACGGAGUCUGAUGACUUGGACGAUGAUGGAAACCCGACCCAGCAGCCAUCCAAUGGGAUGAAAGGUCAAAGGGCAGGGGGCACGACCUAUAAGCCCUUUAUGGACGGGCUGGUACCCGGAGUGGACACCGUCACGGACCAGCCGCGGCUACGCAACGUGCAGCAAAAAGUACAGCACAUGUGUGGCUGGCACAAACAGGGUUUCCCGGGUGCCCAGCCCGUCUCCAUGGACAGGAAGAACCUGAGUUUUCUGGCACAGAAGCCGUACAAGGUCAGCUGGAAGGCCGACGGUGUCAGGUUGAUGUUGCUAGUAGAUGGCCCCCAGCAGGUGUACCUGGUAGACAGAGACAACACAGUGUUCCAUGCGCCCCAGCUCACCUUUCCCCGCAGAAAGGAACCGGACAAGCAGAUCUGUAACACACUACUGGACGGGGAGAUGAUAAUAGACAAGGUGGCUGGGAAGGACCGGCCGAGAUACCUGGCCUAUGACAUCAUCAAGUUUGAGGGGCAGCCCGUGGGGGAGUGCGAUUUCUCGCGGCGGCUCCUGUGCAUCAGGAAGGAGAUUGAGGAAACGCGGGACAGCCAGGCGCAGGCCGGCGCGCUCGACAAGUCCCGCGAACCCUUCAGCGUGCGCCACAAACCCUUCUGGGACAUCACCAUGUCUCCUAAGCUCCUGGAUGGCAGUUUCUCCUCACAGGUUAGCCAUGAGGUCGACGGGCUCAUCUUCCAGCCAGCAGGACCCAAGGAUAAAUAUGUGGGAGGGCGGUGUGACGACAUCCUGAAGUGGAAGCCUCCAACGUUAAACACGGUCGACUUCAAACUGCAGAUCAGAAGGGAAGGUGGAGAGGGAAUGUUGGUGCAAACGAAAGGGUUUUUAUACGUCGGAGGUUUUGAACAACCGAUCGCUCAAAUGAAGGUGACCAAAGAUCUGAAGAAAUACGAUGGUAAGAUCGUGGAGUGCAAGUUUGACGGGGCGACAAAACAGUGGCUGUUUCUCCGUGAGAGAACGGACAAGAGCUUCCCUAACUCCUACACAACUGCUGUCGCUGUGUUUGAGAGCAUCCAGAACCCCGUUACCAAGGAGAUCCUGUUCGAGUUCAUCACGAGAUCGAGGUACCAGCAGCACCCUCCCCCGGGAUCAAUGCACCCUCCCCCUGGCUCCUCACACCCUCCCCAGUCAUCGCUGGACAGUCCCCGCGGCCAGAAGAGACCACUGUCACAAGGAGACCACUUAAUGCCGCCACCAGAGAAGAUGCCAAAAAGAUAAGAUGUCUUAAAGAUACGAGUUUCUUAUUUACUGUUUGUUGGACCUUAUUUUAUAGUUAGGACAUUUUCUAAUGUUGGUUCAUUGAAAUUUGGAAAGACAAUGAGAAUUUUUGAAAUACUAUUCACUGUCCCUGUAGCUAUAAAUGAAAUGAAGAUGCAACAGUUUUGUUUGUUUGUCAACCUUUGUUUGUUAAAAAUGGCCUGCAAAUGUUCUAUGAGUUUUAGGCUAUGAGGGAGAUGUUAAUGAUAGGACAAAAUAUACAGGAGAGAAGCAUGCCUUGACAGACCAUACCAGGGUUGUAGCCAGCACCCGUCCUUUGACAGAAUUUUGCAGCUUGGGAGGGAAAAUUUUUUGCGCAUUCCGUCUAUUCCAUUUGACGGACAAAAAUCAAUACGGAAAGAUAUAAUAAAACUGUCUCCCUUAAGUAAUUUUUCACCAAUUGAAAACAGAUGCUGUUAGUCUUCCAUCAAAAUUUAAACCUCAAAAUGCAGGAUAUAGCGAUUCAGAGGGUCUAGAUUUCAAACUUUUCCAGGGUAGAAUGCGCGGACCCCUAGGAACGUCGCGCCUUUGGCACUCAGUAGGUCUGUUCAAAAUUUGAGGGGACAGAAAAUGACUUCAGGCUGGCUACAACCCUGGACUAUACAUACAAUCAUACAUAAAAUUAGUGUACUUUUUAACAGUGCAUUAGUCACCAAGUUGUGCAACAUUGUAUAAAGCUUAACAUCAAUGUGUUGUUGACUGUUGCCGUUGAGAUAUUUUCAAAAACUUCUAUCUUUCCAACCUGAAAAAGUGAAAAGUCUGAUAAGUUUGCUGUUCUCGUUCUGAGGUUCAUGUGGUAAAAGAUAAGAAUAGCACCCAGGUUACAUUAAACUUGACAGUC